GCUCUGCUGAACCGAUGGAGUAGUAGUACUCGUAGUAGUGGGAGUGCUCGCGGGUUCCUUUCGCCCUUUUCUCCUCCUUUUUUUAUUCAAUGGAUUCGCCUUUUCUCUGGACUAUUGCCUCAUUCAAUCGCGAGUGAGCUGCCGUGAAUCCUGAAAGGAGAAGUCUCCCGACAGGAGACAAGAUGGCGUCCAACAACACCCUGCGCAGCUACUCCAUCAUCCCCUGUUUCAUCUUUGUAGAGCUUGUCAUCAUGUCCGGCACGGUGUUGUUGGCCUACUACAUGGAGUGCACGGACCUGUUCAGCGUGCACGUGCAGGGUUUCUUCUGUAAUGACGCGGAGCUGAUGAAGCCGUACCCCGGCACAGAGGAGUCCAGCUUCAUCCCCCCUCUCAUCCUGUACUGCGUGGUGGCUGCUGCUCCCACUGCUAUAAUUUUCAUCGGAGAGGUGUCCAUGUACGUGAUGAAAUCAACGAGGGAAGCUCUCCUGGCCCAGGAGAAAACCAUUGUGACAGGAGACUGCUGUUACCUCAACCCCCUUAUCCGCCGCAUCGUACGUUUCAUAGGUGUGUUUGCGUUCGGUCUAUUUGCCACAGACAUCUUCGUCAACGCAGGCCAGGUGGUGACGGGAGGUCUCUCGCCCUACUUCCUGUCUGUCUGCAAGCCCAACUAUACCGGCACUGAGUGUCGUUUUAACCACCAGUUUAUCAUCAGUGGCAACAUCUGCACCGGGAACCCCGUUGUCGUGGAGAACGCACGGCGGUCGUUUCCAUCCAAGGACGCUUCGCUGAGUGUUUACUCUGCUGUUUACCUGACGAUGUAUAUCACCAGCACCAUCAAGACCAAGUCCAGCCGCCUGGCCAAGCCUGUGCUCUGUUUGGGCACGCUCUGUUCUGCCUUUCUUGCGGGUCUCAACCGAGUCUCAGAGUACCGAAACCACUGUUCGGACGUCGUGGCUGGAUUUAUACUGGGAUCAGCAGUUGCUCUGUUUCUGGGUAUAUGUGUUGUGAACAACUUCAAAGGCGUCCACAGUGCAGCAGCUAAACAGAAAACUGAAGACUACCGUGGCCUGCCUCUGAUGACUUUCCCCCGUGUAGAGAGCCCUCUGGAGACCCUCAGCGCACAGAACCAUUCAGCAUCGAUGACGGAGGUCACAUGACUAAGGGGGCAGCACCGGGUCACGUUUGCGUCUCCACAGCACUUCCAGACACAAUGACAAGGACGCAUGCAACGUGGCUCCGAAUGCUUCACAAAAAACACUACUGAUAUAUCUGUUUAAUUCACCUGGGGGACAAAAUACACCAUGUUUCUAAUGGUUCUCAUCUAGUUGGGCUAUGCUCAGUUCAACUUGCCACGGCACACAGAUUGCAUCUAUGGCAAAAAUAUUACAAGGCAAACUUAAGCACAGAUUGUUUUUCCAGAUAUUUGAAACCAUUUGAAACGUGGGACAUUUUUCCCUCCAUUGUGUGCUGUUUGUAGUUAGAGGACGGUGUUUUGUACAUUUUGUAUGAGCGAGUGCUAUAGCAUAUACUGACGGUGUUAAACCUGCACACUUCCUGUCAGCUGACCCACCCUGUUUUACAUCACAUCCUGUCAGGUGACUUGCUGCAUUGAUCACCACAUCUAUGCCCCUCAGUCUGAAAAAUAUUAUGGAAAAAAUAUUGAUGUUGUUGUUCUGUGAUGUUUGUCAUUUGUACAGAAAAAAAGACAGAAUACUUCUUUUUAUUAUCUCUUUCUGUACAUUAAUUGACCAUGUCAGGUCAUAUUUUGUAAAGAUUUUGUUAAUCUGUAUGACUAUUACUGUAUGAUCCAUUUGGACCUGUUUGCCUGCUGUAAACCUGGAUAUGUUUUGGUAUCAGUUUAGGUGUUUUGGGGAAUGACUCCUCUCCCCUUUGGAGGAAAUGACAAGGAAGAGUCAGUGACAUCCUACGGGUCAGAAAAUGGGGUUUGGCACUUGCAGUGCCAUAUAAUCAGCCACAAUGAAAAUGAAAUAUGAUUGGUUGACAUUCUCACUAUGAUUGUGUUUCACCCCAAUUUCCUGAUUCACUGUGAUGUUAAUAGGGAUUUUUCUCCAGAGGUCUAGUGGGGCUAGCCUGUGCCAGAUCUACCUGAAGAUUUGACUGGUAUGGCUUUACGAUUCAAUUUUAACAGAAAUCCCAAUGGAAGACAUCCUCAUAAGAUACAUGGAAAAAAGAAAAAAAGAGACAGAAAUGCUCUUUGAGGGAAACUGAGUGACUUACUUAAGGCCUGGCUAGCCGUUUUAAUGGAAACCAGGCUAAUGACUCCUGCUUCACUUUUCCUCUUUGAUGCACCCCUCCCUCUCCCCGACCCACCAGUGGAUUGUGAUGCAAUGUUGUGAUUCCAUUUCCCAUUGGAAGAUAAGCCCAGCAUGGAGAAGUCAAGAUGUUUUAUAAAUAUUCAUGAUUUGAACUAUACUCAUUAUCAUUGUGAUUAUAAUCGUCUUUUACUUUAAGAACAAA